GGUUUUAGAGAGAUGAUGAAGUAUAAAAAAGAUUUUUCUACUUGUUGUGCAAAAUGUUAUCAAGAGAAAAGUAAAAAGAUGCUCCAAUCAAUAGAAGAGGUCAAAUCGGCAUUGUCCAAGAAGGAAGGCAAACAAAUUACUUUAUCUAUUGGUGAUAAGCCUAAAGACAAAAGAACUACAUCAUCAUCUGUUGGUGAUAAGCGGAAAGGCAAACAAAUUGCAGCAUCUGUUGGUGAUAAGUGUAAAGUCAAGAAAACUGCAUCUAUUAGUGAUAAGUGGAAAGGCAAACAAAUUUCAUUAUCUGAUGAUGGUGAUAAGUGGAAGUGGGGGCUCAAAAAAUAAGAUAGCAAUAACCAUUCAGUCCAAACAAUGAGUCUUUUAUUAUUGUUUAUCUAUGUGCAUGCAUAAAGGUAUUAUUGGAGUGAGAUAAAUUUACUGGUUAGCUUGGAUUUUUUUCACCCAAAAAUUGUUACUGCUUAUUACAUGUUAUAUUAUGAAUCUCUAA